UCUUUCUAUUUUAAUAUUCUAGCUUUCUUUAUUCUUCUCUCUCACGUGUAAGAAAACAAGAUGAGUACAACAGGCAGGCACGAUAAGCCUCUUUCAGAUCUUAACUUCACUUCCUUUAACUCUGUGUAUUUGUAAGCAGAGAGAAAGACAGAGUUGCGGAGCUGCUGCCUAGCUGCAGAGAGAGAGAGAGAUUUGGUGGAGCUGAGAGAGAUGAAAUGAGGGAGAAUAUAAAGCAGAGAUUUCAUUUAAUACAGGGAUCCAGAGGAGUAGCCUACUUAAAAAACAUGCUUUCAAUACUCAACAGUAAUCUCCUUUCUUCUGCGAGAUCUUCUUCAGUUCCCUACUACUUUCGUCUCUCCGCAUUCAUUUUCCUCCUCUUCUUCGGUGCCUUCAUCUCCACUCGCCUCCUUGAUUCAACUCUCUCUUCCAGUCCUGUAAAUUCUCCCCAAAGCUCGAUAAUAGUUGCCAAAACAACACAUGAUGUCCCCAUAGCCAUAGCAACCCCGGCAAUUCCCAAAAGCCCUCCUCGAAGAAUUGAAAUUCCCAUAAAGUGCUCAACUGAGACUGACAAUGUCACUCAAAAGUGCCCGGCAACUUAUUACCCUGAAAACUUUGGUCGAAUUGAUUUGGGCUUGUUGUCUAAUCCACCAAAUGAAUGUCCUGAAUACUUCCGCUGGAUUUAUGAAGACCUACGACCCUGGAGGGAGACCGGAAUUACAGAGGAGAUGGUGGAGCGAGCCAGAAGGACAGCGAAUUUUCGUUUGGUCAUACUAAAUGGGAGGGCUUAUGUAGAAACAUACCAGAAGUCUUUCCAGAGCAGGGAUGUUUUUACUCUGUGGGGAAUCCUACAGUUGUUGCGGAUGUACCCGGGCAAGGUUCCUGAUUUAGACCUCAUGUUUGACUGUGUUGACUGGCCAGUUAUCAGGUCAAGCUUCUACCGGCGGCCUAAUGCCACAGCCCCACCUCCUUUGUUUCGCUAUUGUGCUGAUGAUUCCACAUUGGACAUUGUUUUUCCAGACUGGUCCUUCUGGGGAUGGCCUGAGAUUAAUAUAAAGUCGUGGGGUUCUUUGUUAAAGGACCUGGAAGAAGGGAACUCCAGGAUUAGCUGGAUGGACAGGGAGCCUUAUGCUUACUGGAAGGGAAAUCCUGUUGUUGCUGAAACCAGGAUGGAUCUUCUCAAAUGCAAUGUCUCUGACAAGCAAGACUGGAAUGCUCGUGUGUAUGCACAGGAUUGGGGUCGAGAAUCACAACAAGGUUAUAAGCAGUCCGACUUGGCAAGCCAAUGUAUUCACAGAUAUAAGAUUUAUAUAGAAGGAUCUGCUUGGUCUGUGAGUGACAAAUAUAUUCUGGCUUGCGAUUCUGUUACCUUAGUGGUGAAGCCACGAUACUACGACUUCUACACAAGAGGUUUGAUGCCUGUUCAUCAUUAUUGGCCAAUAAAGGAUGAUGAUAAAUGCAGGUCUAUUAAGUUUGCUGUUGACUGGGGUAAUAGCCACAAGCAGAAGGCAAGUGCCAUUGGCAAGGAGGCAAGCAAAUUUAUUCAGCAGGAUUUGAAGAUGGAAAAGGUCUACGAUUACAUGUUCCAUCUGUUGAACCAAUAUGCCAAACUCUUGAAAUACAAGCCUGUCAUACCUCCAAAAGCAGUAGAGCUUUGUUCCGAGACGAUGGCUUGUCCUGCUGAAGGAUUAACAAAGAAGUUUAUGAUGGAAUCCUUGGUGAAAGGUCCAAAAGAUGGGGAUCCAUGUGUACUGCAGCCUCCAUAUGAUCCUGCAACUCUUCAGUCUGUUCUUCGGAGAAAACAGAACUCAAUAAAACAAGUUGAGAGAUGGGAAGAGCAAUUUUGGGACAACCAGAAGCAAAACAAACAGAUUUAGGUGAUAUGUUCUUGCAUAUAUAUUUAUUUUAUGUAUAAUUAAGUCUCAGUCUGAGUUUUAAUGUAAUCGGCAUUCUGUAGGAUGUGCGCAGAGAAAUAUAUAUCACUGCGUAGAAUUAGUUCGUAUAUGUUUCUUUCCACAAAAUUCAAUCUAGCGGACGCUUGACACCAA